AUGACAGUCAUGGUGCCUCGGGUUCUGCCGGUGAUCCUGCUAUCCCUGGCAGUUGAAGGUGACGCCUUUCGCAAUGCUGCCAGAGGCAGCGAGAACGAGCCAGCGGCGUGCCAAGAUGGCGACAUCGAGGAGCCAGGAUGCAAGUCUGUUUGCCGGUGGCUGGGCCUCACGUCCUCGACGAAGAACGGCCACUGUGAGGACUGGGUCGAGAAGCUCCAGACUGUGGGGAAAGGUGCUGAUGCCGCCAACAGGAAGGCAGGAACCUACAAGGCCGGUGCGUGGUACAAGUUCUGGGGUCACACUUCCAGCAUGGAGCCCUUGAUCAGGGUGCUCAGCACGAACUGCCAGAAGCAAGAGCUCGAUUUCUACUCAGCCGCGCUGUACCAGCUGAUUGAGAACUUGAAGGAGGACAAGCCGGAGAAAUACGCCAAGUACGAAGACGAGCUGAAGAUACUGCAAGGGAAGCUCACCGAUGUGGUCAAUGAGAAAAUCGCGGAGCUCGCCGACCAGAGCGAUGGUUUUGCUGACGAUAACAUCCCGCUACCCAGCUGCCCCGCGGAUUUUCAAGUGCAAGCAGGGGACUUCCUGACCAUGGAGUGGGGAGGGCCAGACUUUUCGGAGAUUUCCACGAGUUUGAACGAGUAUGCGAUGCACGACGAAGCGCUGCGGUUGCAAGUGCAUUAUUCCUACGGUCCAUACUUUGACUACUCGGAAACCUUCAACACAUCGUCGGAUGUCCAGUUCCAGAACCGCACGACCAAGUCAAAGGCCUUCUUCUCAUUCCAGUCAUUCCAUUCCUGCGACUGGUUCCUGGAGCUCUGA